AGAAGAUAAGUGGAAGAAAAGGCACCGUGAACGAUGGAGCAAGAAUUGUUUUUGUCCAGCUAUUGUCAUUUGUUGAAUGAGUUGAAAAAAGGAGAGAUUGCCGAUUUCAUUAAUUACCAAGAAAUGGAUGUGACAACAUUUUUAAGUGUACUUGAGUAAAGUUGUACCUCUUAUUGAAAAACAAAAUAUAGUCAUGAGAGACCUAAUACCUUCUCAUGUAAGACUAAUUUCUACGCUUCGGGUUUAGGUAACAGACCACAGAGAGGAGCUAUGAAGAUUUAAAAUUGUCAAUACUAGUUUCUUUUCAAGCACUUAGGGAUAUUAUUAUAGAAGAGUUGACGUGCGUGGCUAGAAACAAUUAGAUCAGACUGUGCAAACUGUUCGAUUAAAUGAACUAAAUGGAUAGUUAAAUUUUAAUACAAAAUAAUCAUAAUGAAUAAAAGGUAUCGUAAUCAAUAAAUAGAAACAUAAUGGUGAUUAAAUUAAUGAGGGGGAGAUAAUUUUUGGACUUAGGAAUAUGUUGUUUAUGCAGUGCGGCUUUAAGGAGGAAAAUGAUAUUUAUUAGUACGGAAAGUUCUAAAAUUUAAGCAUAUUUAAGCUCAUAUUAACGACUUUUAUAUUUCCUAUUUUUACGUUGGUUUAUCUUUCUGUAUUUUUAAGUGUAAUUGUUGUAACUAAUUGAAUUUUUAAAGUUUCGGAAAAAAAAAAAAAAAAAAAACGUGUAGUUUAUCGUUGCAAAGUACCUAGUUUUUCGUAUCACGUAUUUUUCGUAAUAUCCUGCGUAGAAUUCUGCCAGAACUGCACAGUUUUCUCAGUUUAUCGCACAAAUAUGACGUCACACGCAUAGAAAAAAAUACGUGAUAAGCUGCACAUGUAAGUUAAACUGAUCGAGUGUGACUACUUGUGAGUUGUGAAUCGUGUAUUCGUGGGUAAUGUUAUUAUCAUAGAGUAAUUACUUCUAUUAUAUAUAGUAUAUGGUUAUUAUCUGUAACCGUGGUCAGGUCUUUCGUUAUCAAUUAUUAUAUCAUAAUAUCCAUAAUAUAUAUCACGGUCUUAGAUCUAUAUUAUUAUGAUUGAGCUAUAGAGACGUGUCUUCUUCAACUUACAAUCUGCUGAUCUGCUCUACAAAAUUUCUCGUAAUGGCUGGAUCUGCCCUCAGACGACUUAUGGCCGAAUACAAGCGUAAGUAAAUAAAUAACAAAAAUACAACAGAUGUAAAUUUCAAAUGCUUUUAACUUUUGUAGAGUUGACAUUAAAUCCUCCUGAAGGUAUCAUCGCUGGCCCGAUAACCGAAGAAAAUUACUUUGAAUGGGAAGCUUUAAUCACGUAGGUCACUUAUAAUAUUAGUAAACUAUAUUUACAUAUUAAAAAAUAAUUAUUUUAUUUUGUGUAGAGGACCUGAAGGAACAUGUUUUGAAGGUGGUGUUUUUCCAGCUAAACUUGUAUUUCCAUCAGACUACCCAUUAAGUCCUCCAAAAAUGACUUUCACAUGUGAAAUGUUUCAUCCAAAUAGUAAGUAAAUCAGUGUAAUAAUUUGUUUAACUAGUGUCUUAUUUUUAAGUUUUUAAUAAAUUAAUCAUAUUUUACUAUAUGUUAAGCAAUUUAUAGAUAUUUUACAUAAACCUUAUCUAUUGAAGUUUAUAAUUAGGGAACAGACUUUAAUGCCAUAAAAAAUAAGAAUUGUAUAUAUGUAUAUACGUAUGUUAACAAUAAUUUCGUCUGGAGUCAGGGUUUAUCUGAUCGGUAAAAAUAUAAUAAAUAUUUAUUUUUAUUUUUUUAGAAAGAAUGUUAAUCUACAUUUUUAUCAAAUUUUAUCCAUUUCUAUACAAAAAUGACUUAAGAACAUAAAAAUGCCCUAAAAAUAAUAAAAAAUGCAAAAUAAAAGUUACAUUUCUUAAUUCCUUGAUGUAUGAAAUGAACUUUGUGCUUGGAAAGCAAUGUUUUCUGACAUUCAGAAAAAAAAUGCAAUUUGCAUUCAAAUCCGUUCCCUAUUUAUAAUAUAUUGAAAAACCACCUAUAUUUUUGCAUUUCCUCACCUUAUCUAUAUUCUACAAUCAGAAUUUUCAAUUUUCCUAAAAUAUGUGCAGAAUUAAUUUUUAAUUAAUAUAAAAUAAGUUAAAAUGCUAUUUUUGUGAAAUUACUAUUGUAAACAGAACUUAAAUUUAUAAAAAAAUUUAUUAUUUUUACGUUUUCGGGUAUUUGAAUUCUAUAUAAUAUUAAUGUUUUACGUUAUUUUAUGUUAAAACAUUAUUUGUUAAUAAAUUUGAAAUUGUGCAAUUGUGGUUAUAAAUUGUACUAUCAUUUUUCACAUAACUCAUAAAUGUAAAAAAAAAAAAAACAUACUUUUUUAAAAACAUAGAAAAAUUAAAAUUAAUAACUUAUUAAUUAGUGUUUUAAUUUGUAUUUAGUUUAUUAAACUUUAGAACGUAUGUUUUAAGUUAUAAUAUAAUAUAAAUUUAUAAAACAUGUUUUUGACUAGACAUCAUAAUUGUAAUUACAACUAUUAUUUUAUUGAUUGCAUUACUAUAAAUUGAAAUACUUUACCUAACCUAUUAUAAUUUUAUUGUAAAAAUAAUGAAAUAAAAUAAUUAUAUUGAAUAAAUACCUUAGUAUUAUGAAGUAAAGAUAAACUACUGGUUAGUACUAAGAUAAAAUAUUGUUAAAACAAAAGAUGGGAUGGAUAGGUAAAUGACAAAAUAAUCAAUUAACGACAUCUGUCAACUAUUUAUAAUAUAAUAUGAAAUUGACACCAAACCACAUUAAUUAAAUUUAACAAAAACCAGAUAAAUUAGUAGAAUUAUAGAAAUAAAUUAAUAUACCUACUAAAGUUGAGCUCACAGAGUUGCCAGUCGGAAUUAUUCCAAAAUACUACAGUAAUCUGUCCAAUUUAUAACUGUGUGAACUCUACAUUUUCAUAUUUUACAAAUAAAUCAGUAAUAAAAUAUUUUGGAAAAUAUAAUUUAUUGUUAACACGUGUUAGCCAACUUUAAAUUGUUAAUACAUAUAAAGUAUAAGGUUUUAUAUAAAAAUAAAAAAGUACAAACUUUAUUUGUAAUUAUUUUUUCACAUUACAGUUAAGUUUAUUGUUUGUUUAUUGUUAAUCAUUAAUUAUGAUUAAUGAUAUUUUAUGUUUCUUUUCCUGUAUUUUGUUUAUUUUUCAUUAUAACGUUAUAAAUAGUGCUUUGAAGCUCUGAUUGUAGAAAACUUAAUAUGUAUAAGAUACUUGAUCUUAUAUGAUUUUUUAACACUUAAACCUGAUAACCUAACCUAGAAUGAUAUUUUAACUAUAUUAAUCUAAUUAAGUGACACACAGACAGGUUAUUAAGUAAUGUAACUACAUAACUGCGAAUUGUGCUCUCGAGUAAGAUAGGUAUAGAUUACUGGUGUACUCAUAAUUAAUCAUGGGUGUAUUGAUGCCACAAAAAAGAUUAAAAAUAAUAAAGGUGGACGAGUGGAUACUUUUGUUAACUACAUGUGUUCACAAAAUUCCUUUGUGUGCCACUGUUUAUAACUAUAAAAUAAACAAAUGAAUGUAGCAGUUCUCAUAUUAGGUAAUUAUCAAAAUCAACUUUUUAUACAAACUUUUAUAUGUGUAGUUAAUUAAGGUUUAGCUCACAAAAAUUGAUUGCUAGUAGUCGUGUUUCCUUAUGUCCCCUCAAUAUUUGCUCAUUGGCUAGUCUAUGGUGCAGAUUCUAAUUUGGGAAUGGCAAAUAUUUUUAAUCCAUUUUAUUUUUUUUUUAUAAUAGCUAUUUUUGUUUGGGUCCCAUAGACUUAAGCUUGUGCUUAAAUGCAUCCCUACCCUUCUCUACUCCUCUGAAAUAAAAUUAGUAUGAGCAUGAUCCAUGAAGUGACCCACACAAUGGUAGAAAAUGAUACCACUACAGUGAUAAACUUCGAUAUUGGCCAGCACUCACUUUUCAUGAGCCUGACUAUAGUUCCUAAAUUAAUGAGAUCUACCAUAUUGAGUGUCUUAAUUAUAUUUACAGCUAACAUUUUGCUUCAUUCUAUAAUAAUAUACAUAUAUUUAUAAAACUAUGUUUAGUUUAUGCUGAUGGACGUGUAUGUAUUUCAAUUCUCCAUGCCCCUGGAGAUGACCCCAUGGGUUAUGAAUCCAGUUCUGAAAGAUGGAGUCCUGUACAAAGUGUUGAGAAAAUCCUUUUAUCUGUUAUUAGUAUGCUAGCCGGUAAUUAUAAAUAAAUAAAUAUUAAUUUAUGUUUAAUAUAAUAUUAUUUGUGAAUUCUUUUUAAGAACCAAAUGAUGAAAGUGGUGCAAACGUGGAUGCAGCUAAAAUGUGGCGCGAGAACCGAGAGGAGUUUAAUAAAAUAGCUGAAAAAUUGGUCAGGAAAACUUUAGGAAUACCAAUAAAUCCAUAAUAGGAUUAUGUAAAGUCAUUAAAAUGUUUGACUUAAAUUGCAUGUUGAUUAUAAAUGUUUUUAAAUAACCUCAUGUAUAUACACCAUUAAGUUAUUUUAUGAAAUAAUAAGUUAUAUUUUAUAUGUAUUAAUGUAUUUUUGAAACUCAGUUUUUACUUAAAUGUUAUUUAAUUAUUUGAAUGUUUAAUUAUAGUAUUACUUGUAGAAUAUAUGAAAGCCACAUGUAGAUUAUGAAAGUAUUAUUUUUUAAUGUGAUUUGCUAUAAAUAAAGGGUUUAUAAUUAUACAGGUUAUAUCUUAGUUGUUUUAAUCACUGUAAAUUAUUUAAUAUGUCCUAAAAAUAUGAAAAAAGAUGUGAUUAGGGAAAUAAUUUACUUUAAAUAUCACCUUCACUUCACUACAAUUGUAAGCGUUUUCAGACAAAAAUCUUAAAAUAAAUCUUUUAAAUAAAUAAAAUAUAUUUAAAAAUACAUAAUAACAAGCAAAUAUAAAUAAAAUUAAUAUAUUUUGGAUUUUGUAUUUUAUUUUUUAAAUUAAAACCACUAGACACAUUCCUCAAAUAUAAUAUAUCUACUCAAUAUCUUUAUAAAAGUAAUGACUUAAUAUACUCGAUGCGUUACCUAAACAAAUAUUUAUAAGUUCAUACAUUGUUUAUUUAUCAUUAUAAUAAUAGAGUUAUCUCUAAAUCACAAUAAGGUACUUAAAAGUAGAUAACAAAAAAAAAAAGGUGUCCAACCAACAAACAUAAACUAAACAUAACUAGAGACUAUUAAUUUCUUUUUUGUAGUAUUUUAUUAACUGUUUCACUUACUAUUUAUAUUUAGUAUCAGAAAUAAACUUUAUAGUAGUUAAUCAAAGUAGUGAUUAUCUGAAAAACUAUGUGAAACUGAUUUUAGAAACAUUAAUACAAUUAUUGGUAAAGGCAUAAUAGCAUAAGUUUUUUUUGUCUAUGAACUAAAUAAAAAUAAUGUAAACUAGUAGUUAAAGUAUUAUGUAUGUUUGAAUGAGAUAGUAAAUUGUUUAUUAUAAUAAAUAGAAGGAACAAUUUAAAUUCUUGUUUAUAAAUUAUUCACCAAAUAGAUUAUAAUUUAUAUGAGUAUAUUUUUUCAAUUUAAUUUUAAAAUUAUUAUUUUUUACUGCUUAAUAAUUAAAAAUACAUUUAAAUAUAUCAGGGAUUUUACAGUGCAUUGAUUUUUGUAAUAUAUACUUGAGUUUAAUAUUUAUAUAUUUACUUUUCAUAAUAAUUAUUUGAUUAUUUUACAAAACUGAAAUUAUUUCUGAAUCUGUAAACAAUGAAUACUAGAAGUUCAUACAAUUUCAGUUAAAGAAUAAUAAAAAUAUUUUUUAUUAAUUUGUCUACUUCUUUAUUUAAUUGUAUGAUAUUUAUAAAUUAAAUAUAAAAAGUUUAUCAAAAAAUAUUAAAAAUAGUUUUAAUUUAUUAUUUUAUUUUAUAAAAUAUAUCUAUACUUUAUUUUUCAAUUGGAGUUUAUAAUUAAUCAAUUAGCAAUGAACAAAGAUAAGUAUCAAAGUAGUAUAUGAUCUCAAUAAUUAAAACAAAUAGUGUUGUAUGUACAUGUUAACUGAUUUGACUGGAAAUCCUUUAGAGCUUACCUAAUCAUUUAGUAAAAGCCACAUUCCAAAACUCACAACUGAGCGCAUACAGACAAAUAUGGAUAAAUUCUUAAAGUAGCAGAUGCUGCUUAGUAAAUGUUAAACAUUUUAAGUGUUUAACUAGUUAUCAAAAUAAUACAGUUAACACUUAAUAAGGUAAAACAAUUACAAAAUCAAUACAAUGUUAGUUCCUUAAAUAUAAAAAUAACCACAAUAUUAUAUACAUUUAACUGAAAAGUUUUGUAACAGAAUAAAACAAAUCAGGUAUAAAGAUUUCAAAUUAAAAGGUAAAUAAUUUAUAUAUCAAACAAUAAUUUAAGCUCUUAUGUUUUUACAUUGUAUUAUUAUUUUAUAAUAAUAGGAUUUUUUGUACAAUACAAUUAAGUUUGUUGUUUUUUUUCAUUAUCAAUGAAUACGGAUUUUUAAUUCUAAAUAGUGUAAUUGUUAAAUUAAUUAUUAACCGCUAAUAUCAGAAUAUAAACAUAUAUUAUUAUAUAUAUGAUAUAUUUUAAUUUAUAUCAAUUAAAGUUGGUAAAUUUAACAAAAAAGUAUUUAUCAUGAUAGUAACAUAUUGGUAAAUUCAAGGUGGUGUAAAUGAUAUUAGAUGUACAGCUGGAGUGGGAGUUGGGGAUUUACUACUGUCAGUACUGCUGCACAAUUGUUCACAAUAAUAAUGUGGUGUAUUUAGGUAAUCAACAAGUCUUCUGGGUAAUGGCAAUUUGUGAAUCAAAUCUCGACGUACCAUUUUCAAAAUGACAAACCUAUUAAUAA